AUGCAGAUUCAGCACUCAAGACCACUCAUCACAUCAAGUGGACCUGUUGCAAACUACUCAUGCCCAAUAUCUUAUCAAACUCUUUGCCAUGACAUAGCUAACUCUUCAAUUCCACACCAUUUGUAUUUCCUAUGCCUUGGAGCUGAAACUCAUACACAUCUUCAAACUCUCCGCAGUUAUCCCUUCAACAAAAGAUAAAACAUGGUUCUAGUUACAAGUAAUGAAGAAGAAAAAGGUGCAGAAGGCAUUGCUGCUGUGGAUUUUCGAGGUCACCCUGUUGACAAGACAAAAACUGGAGGAUGGCUAGCAGCAGGGCUCAUCUUAGGUUCUCCUCAAUCCAUAGAAAUUUGAGUUAUUGUUUCAGGGUUGCACUUAAGGACUCUUAUUUGGCUCCAACACACACACAUAUAUAUAUAUACUUUUUUUAUGCAGGUACCGAACUGGCAGAAAGAAUAUGUGUCAUGGGCAUAGUCAUGAACUUAGUGACUUACUUGGUUGGAGUUUUGAAUCUCCCUUCAGCUAAUUCUGCCACUAUAGUUACUAAUUUUAUGGGAACUCUCAACCUGCUUGGUCUCCUUGGUGGCUUCGUAGCUGAUGCCAAACUUGGUAGAUACCUGACUGUUGCUGUAUCUGCAACCAUAGCUACUGUGGGGGUGUGUUUGUUAACUGUGGCUACCACCAUUCCAACCAUGAGACCCCCUCCAUGCAGCAGUGUCAGAAGACAACACCAUGAGUGCAUGCAGGCCAGUGGCAAACAAUUGGCUAUGCUAUUUGCAGCACUUUAUACCAUAGCUGUGGGUGGUGGAGGAAUAAAAUCUAAUGUCUCAGGUUUUGGAUCUGAUCAGUUUGACAUAACAGACCCCAAGGAAGAAAGGAGGAUGAUAUUUUUCUUCAAUAGGUUCUACUUCUUCAUCAGUAUUGGGUCCUUAUUUUCAGUGGUAGUGCUGGUUUAUGUGCAAGACAAUAUAGGAAGAGGGUGGGGAUAUGGAAUUUCAGCAGGGACAAUGUUAGUCGCUGUUGGUAUUUUGCUUUGUGGUACACCAUUCUAUCGAUUCAAGAGGCCACAAGGGAGCCCUUUAACAGUUAUAUGGAGGGUAUUAAUUUUGGCUUGGAAGAAGAGGAAUCGUCCAAUCCCUUCACAACCUUGCUUACUCAAUGGUUAUCUUGAAGCCAAGGUGCCACAUACACAGAGGUUCAGGUUCCUUGACAAAGCAGCAAUCCUAGAUGAGAACUGCUUAAAGGAUGGAAACAAGGAAAACCCAUGGAUAGUCUCCACAGUGACGCAGGUUGAGGAGGUUAAAAUGGUAAUCAAGCUCAUUCCCAUUUGGUCUACAUGUAUCCUUUUUUGGACAAUUUAUUCUCAAAUGAAUACCUUCACCGUUGAGCAAGCUACAUUCAUGAACCGAAACGUUGGAUCUCUGGUUGUCCCAUCAGGAUCUCUAUCAGCUUUUCUCAUUAUUACUAUUCUCCUCUUUACUUCCCUAAAUGAGAAACUCACAGUGCCCUUAGCUCGGAAACUCACCCACAAUGUCCAAGGACUCACAAGUCUUCAGAGGGUUGGAAUUGGACUCGUUUUCUCUAUUGCUGCCAUGGUGGUCUCUGCAAUUGUUGAGAAAGAAAGGAGGGUGAAUGCAUUAAAAAAUCAUACGACAAUAAGCGCUUUUUGGUUGGUCCCUCAAUUUAUUUUAGUGGGUGCAGGGGAAGCAUUUGCCUACGUUGGACAACUGGAAUUCUUCAUCAGGGAGGCACCAGAGAGAAUGAAAUCUAUGAGCACUGGACUUUUCCUAUCCACCCUUUCAAUGGGUUAUUUUGUCAGUAGCUUAUUGGUGUCAAUCGUGGACAUGGCAAGUAAGAAAAGAUGGCUCAGGAACAAUCUGAACAAGGGCAGGCUAGAUUACUUCUAUUGGUUGCUUGCAGUGCUGGGAGUGCUGAAUUUUAUACUUUUUCUUGUCUUAGCAAGGAGGCAUCAGUACAAAAUACAGCACAACGUAAAACCUAAUGACGAUGCAGAGAAAGAGCUUGCGAGUACAAAUGACAUGAUGAAUGGAUUUGAUGGGAAGGAAGAAGCAUAGGAUACAGUCUUAAAAUCUCGUUUUGUUUGGCCCUAUAUUUGGUGUGCAAGAACUUACAUAUUAUGCCACAAGUUUGUUAAUUUUUAGUGAUUUGUAAAUCCUAUUUAACUAGGGCAAUCGUUAUGUAUUAUUAAGUAUUGAUAUGCACAUAUAAGCCAAACUAGAUAGUAAGUUGUUUCAAAAAGAAAAGAGCAAUUAUGAAACAAAUGAUUCCUGAACUGAAGAUAUAAAUAAAUAUAUAAAAGAACCCCUUGAUUGCCA